GCAGAGACUCCUGGGCGGAAGGGGCGUGGCUCCGAGCGCGGAGUGGCCGGAACCCGGAAGUGCGGGCUCCCUUGGGGCGGAGGUGCGGAAGCCUUGGCCGAGCAUGGCGCUGGAAGGGAAGAACAGGAGGAAGUCGCAGAGUGCCCGGGACAGAGAGGACGCUGACGGCUGCGUCGGUGGGAAGCCGGCAGGAGGCUAUCUGGUUGGACAAGUCGCCGACAGCCUGUCCCGCGGCGAGCGGCCCUCCGGGGGCAGCGCGGGCCGGCUGGCUGCCCUCUUCGGCUCCUGGGAGCCCGAGCUUCAACCCGUGUACGUGCCUGCGCCCAAAGAAACCGCCAAAAAAAGGAAACGGGAUGAGGAGGAAGAAAGUCCAUCCCAAAUUCAAAGACCACUUAUGCAAGAACCUGCAAAAAAAAUGAAGGUGAAGAAGAAAUUUUCUGAUGCAGACAAAAAGUUGGCAGACAGAGAAAAUGCUUUAGAAUGUGCUGAUUUGGAAGAAGAAAUUCACCAGAAACAAGGGCAGAAAAGGAAGAAAUCUCAGCCUGGUGUUAAAGUAGCAGGUAAAAAAGAACUUGAUGAUGUAGAUGAGACAGUUGUGAAUCAGAGAAAGAAAAUUCAAAGCAACCAAGAAGAAGAGAGAUUAAAGAAUGAGAGAACUGUGUUUGUGGGGAAUUUGCCUGUCACCUGUAACAAGAAGAAGCUGAAGUCAUUUUUUAAAGAGUAUGGACAAAUAGAAUCUGUACGAUUUCGCUCUCUGAUUCCAGCAGAGGGCACUUUGUCCAAAAAGUUGGCAGCAAUAACACGUAAAGUUCACCCUGAUCAGAAAAACAUUAAUGCUUAUGUUGUGUUCAAGGAUGAGAGCGCGGCUACAAGAGCACUGGAAAGAAAUGGGGCCCAAAUUGCAGAUGGAUUUCGGAUUAGAGUGGAUCUUGCAUCGGAGAGCUCAUCUAGGGACAAGAGAUCUGUAUUCGUGGGAAAUCUGCCGUACAAAAUUGAAGAAUCCGCAGUGGAGAAGCACUUUCUGGACUGUGGCAGCGUCGUGGCGGUGAGGGUUGUGAGAGACCAGGUCACGGGAGCCGGCAGAGGGUUUGGCUACGUGCUCUUCGAGGUGGCGCCCGGUGCUUCGGUCAUUCCUGCAGCGCAGUUCCCCGCUGCCUUCCCUGUCCUGCUGCCGGGAAGUCCGUAAAGCCCUGUAACCGCAGUCCUGUGAACAUUCAGGUUAGCACCUGGCUCUGCAUCGGAGUAAAAGAACGGGAGCCUUGGACCCCUACAGGGCGUCUUGUCCGAUGGCUCAGGGACUAGUUUCCUGCUCUCGGGCGCCUCCUGCGGCGGGGCUUUUGCAGGAAGAGCUUGAGAGCCUUGUGAGGGGGAGAGACUGCACAGGAUGCAUCUCGUUAGUUCGACCUGAGUCUGAGCUGAGAGAAUGAAGCCUCCUGGACUGUGCCUUUCCUGAUCCUUCGACAAGGCAGCCGGAGUGCUUCCCGGGGGCUGGAUUACACCACAGGCAGAGCUCUGAGGACACUUGGGACUGGACUCCUUGGCUGUGGAAAUGCGGGGGGGGGGGGGUAUCUACGUGCAAGCCUGAAAGUUCUGAUCCGUAAAAGUCCGUUUUACUGGUUUCUUUGCAGAUAAGUUUCUGGUGGAAAAAAAUUUAACUGGUGUA